UGAUGGGGGGGCAGGCAGUGGAAGAAAGCAGCUACCACUGGCUCUUAAAAUCAAGGUACUCUUCUUUACAGCCACAGACUGAUGCAGAGCAAGAGUGGACUGGAGUCAGCAUUAAGAGAGGGGGAGAUCAGGUGGGUGAGAAACUGUGAACAGGUUCAUUUAGAGAAAUAAGUGGUCCUACUCGUCUGUCCCUGACUGCUGCAUCCCCAGUUCACUACCUGAGGCUUACAUCCAAACACAGAGAGGUGUUUCAGGGAAGCUUAAAAGGGCUGACUCCUUAGGGAAGAAGGGAAUUAAACUUUUUGUUUAAAACCCGCCGUGACUAUUCUCUGGAGAAAACAAAAGGGAUUACAGCUUGUACGCCUGCCCCACUUGUUCUUAUCUUCUGAGCAUUUUGUCUUCACUGGAUUACUUCACUGAAAGACUUUUUGGAUACGGCCUUCUUGCAUUUUGUGUGUGUGUGUGUGCGUGUGUGUGUGUUCAGAAAGGCAUGGCACAUGGACAAAAAAGCCCCGGGUUGGCAUUAACCCAGGGUUUCUUCAGCUUGGCACUUGGCCUGUCGCUCUUCUCCCUCCUCCUUUUCACCAAUGUGGCUGCAGAUGAGUACGACUACUACAGCUGGCAGUCGGACAACUUCCAUAACGGCCGUUUCUACACCAAGCAGCCCCAGUGUGUGGACAUACCAGCUGACCUGCGCCUGUGCCACAACGUGGGCUACAAGAAGAUGAGGCUUCCCAACCUCCUGGACCACGAGGUCAUGCCAGAAGUCAAACACCAGGCGGGCAGCUGGGUGCCACUUCUGGCUAAGAGGUGCCACGCGGAUACACAGGUGUUCCUGUGCUCGCUCUUUGCACCUGUGUGUCUGGACCGACCCAUCUACCCUUGCCGCUCGCUGUGUGAAGCUGUCAGGGACAGCUGCGCUCCGGUGAUGGAAACGUACGGCUUCCCCUGGCCAGAGAUGCUGACCUGCGACAAGUUCCCCAUUGAUAAUGACCUCUGCAUCCCCAUGCAGUUCACUGGGAACCAUGCAACCCAGCCACCAGUGUCGAAGGCUUGCCCUCCAUGUGACAACGAGCUGAAAGCAGAAAACAUCAUGGAGCAUUACUGUGCCAGUGACUUUGCCAUAAAGAUGAAAAUCAAAGAGGUCAAAAAGGAAAAGGGCGACAGGAAGCUGAUUGCAGCACAAAAGAAGAAGAAGGUUUUGAAACAGGGCAUGCUCAGGAAGAAGGACUUAAAGAAGCUGACCCUGUACAUUAAGAACGGGGCCAACUGUCCGUGCUCUCAGCUGGAGAACCUGGGCUCCAACUUCCUCAUCAUGGGCCGCAAAGUGGACCAGCAGCUGCUGCUCAUGUCCAUUCACAAGUGGGACAAAAAGAGCAAGGAGCUCAAAUUUGCCAUCAAGAACAUGAAAUCCAACAAGUGUCCCACCUAUCACACGGUCUUCCCACCGUCUACCUAGAAAGCUGCAGCGAGCGGCUCUUKUAGGAUUCACAGUUUCUCCCACAUCCCACCCUGCUUUAAUCAUUUAUCUUUAACCCCAAGAUCCGUGCAAAAUCUGGUAUCUAUCAUUUCUUCUUUGAAGUGCAGCAGGGUUGUGCGGGUUUUAAUCAGUUUAAACUUGAAUCAGGGCGUUCUUUUGGCUGCAACUCCCUCACAUCAACAAUCACGAUGAUUAGUUUUAUUUUCCAUAAAGAAAAAGAAAUGUUGAUCAAACCCUUUAAACUGAAUACUGUCUUUGCUUUCUUAUUUUGAAAAGGCAGAAUCAGUUAAACUAUAUCUUACUUUAUAAAUAAUACAACAACGUUAUGAAUGAAAGAAAUAUUGUGCAACAAUUUUAGUCAACUUGAAGGAAAAUGGAGGGGAAAAUUGUAAAAAAAAAUGGGAAUAUACUUAAGUAAAAUGGGUCACUGGCACAGAAAAGCAUCACAUUAUUCACCUGAUUUCAUCCUUUAUAUUGUAAAAAGGUAGGUAAUUCAGAUGAAUAGAUGAUUAGGAAAACUGUAUUUCCUGUUUUGUAUCGCUGAGAAAGAAAUCUGAUUGAAUAUAGACUGGAUGAUGCUUCCUUUGAUGUUGUAAAACCUUUUUGCAGUCCAAGAUUUUUUUUUCAUCUUGAGUUGAAGAGAGAUGGAAGCUGAAGUAGAGAAGAUGUCUUCCUGGAAUAAAAGUGAUGCAUUAAGAGAAAGAAACCGAAUGAAAGAGACAGAGACUCUGAACAGAACCAACAUUGUUGAGCUGGUUCUGGAACUUGUUUUUUCCACAAUCAGUUUCCAAGUGAUUUGUUUUCUGUACUUAAAAUCUUAAAUUUGCUUCAGUUAAACUUCUAUGGUAAGAAAGCAGAAAUCACACAUACAAACGUACAAACGCCUAUAAAUACUCUGUUGCUGCAGCAGUGAAAUACAAAGAUUUACCAAUGACAUAAUCAUCUAAUCCAAUAACCUGUAAGUAGUUCUGUUGCUGAAAUAGAUAUGUUUUUCAAAAAGUAAAUAAAAUAUAUUUGAAAUUUUUAUAAAGAAUAA